AUGGAAGCCAAUUUGGGAUCUUCAAGAUUCACACAAUCGUUUAAUUAUUCCGAUGAGAGUCGUUGCUUGAUCGACGCUUUGGACUUGGCCGGUGACCACAAGAACACUACAGUCGGAUGUCUGUUACGGUGUGGACUUACCGAGAGUUUCCGGUCGACGCCAGAACUGACAACUGACUCACCCGUGAACAGCCCGGUAGUACAGAUCGACCCACCACCAGUGCCGCCUGUUCUUAUGACUUCGGGGGCAGACGACCAAAUGGAAACGCUGAAAUGCCUGCAGCAAUGUUCUGGUCUUUCCGUGAUUGAAGCUUUGGAUUUGGCCGUGGAUCGCAGGAUCACUACAACUGUCGGGAUACAGUUACGGCCGCUGCGAGAAAAUGCAGUAGUUUUCCGGUCUUCUGCAGAGCUGAGCAUUCACUCGCCCAUGUACGGACCAGUGAAGUCAGCUGUCGCACUGGUAGCAGCUGAAAUUCAGCCAAAUCCUGCACGGUCUGAUAGUCGCACAUCAUUAUGGAAGAGGUCGAAAAAAUUCAUAAGGGAAUCCAUGGUCAACUUUGCACGAAGAAUAUGCUUCUGCCAAAGUUUUGUUGACCUGGAAUGAUAUCCGCAAAGUUCGACCUCAUCCCCUGCCACCGUGAUCCCGCCCACGUUACCAGUUACCACUGUUCACCACCGGUCAACCAGUUUUUGGCUUAGGUACGCUUGUACCAGGCC